UGUGAGCUCUCAUAUCAAGCUGCAAGACGUCCAGGGUCAACCUCCUGUACCUACAUAUCUCACUGAUAGUCGCAACGACCAAGGGGCAGUGUAGCGGGACUAGCCGUAACCUGACUGAUUGAAACUAGCUGUGAUCACUUGGGGGAAUUGACCGAUUAAGCAUACCAGUAGUAGGCCUAUCCGCAAAAGAAUGGCAGCAGACGACAUUUCAGCUGACGUCAUCAUACGUUCAGCGCGGCAGGAAGAUAUCCCGGGGAUUAAUUGCUUAGCGGAGGAGGCCCAAUUCUUCAGGAGUAAAGAAACGCUGUCAGCUAUAAUGGAGUACGUAGGAGAAGAAAACUUCAUUGUAGCAGAACACCUGGGACAGCUGAUUGGUUGCAGAGUUGCGGUAUUGUUAAACGAGAGCACUGCGUUUGUCGGUUACUUCAUCGUGACGAAGAAAUAUCGAGGGACAAAAGUCGCCAAGCGGAUAGCCAGAAGAAUUCUAGACAUCGUCGGGGAAAGAAAUUUGCUUCUGUGGAGCGUGGUGGAGAGGGUCCAUACCAAUAUAAAAUUUGGGAUGAAGCUUGCUUCCGGCAAUUUCCAAUCUAUCAUGGUUUGCGCCGGUAAAAUUGACAUCUCAAAGCUAAGAACAUGUGAAGAGUCAGAACGCGCGACUCAUCCGCCAAUCAAAAUCCUUCAAAAGAGUGACGUCGACUUUGACAGCUUAUUUGCGUACGACACGUCUAUCCACGGGUUCCCUAGGAGAAAAUGUUUGGAAAUUUGGCUAACAAAACCAACUUCUACCACUUUGGUAGCUGUAGCACACGACGGGGCCGUAAAGGGUUACGGUGUCAUCCAAGACGCUCCUCAUUAUUUCCAUCUCGCGCCACUUUACGCUGAAUCGUCUGCUGCAAUGAUAGCACUGCUUAAAGCUCUUUUGGAAACGAUCCCAGAGGGCGCUGAGGUCGAGUUCUUUGAAAACCCUGCUUGUUCCACCGCCGCCAAAGUUCUACAAGACAACAAAAACUCAUUAGCACAGCUUUCGGAGAUGAAAUUGAUGUUGUCUAAAGAAAAUGUCGUCAUGCCAGAUCCGGAGAGGGUGUUUGGAGUCGCCCACCCGAUAUUGCCAGUUUGA